GACCGCAAAGCAAACGACAAGCGCAAACAGCUGACAGAAUCAGAUUUUUCCCCUACCAAUGGAAAUUUAGACGCUAUCACAAAUCAUUGCGAACGGAGGCAUUUAAAGGGGGCUGGGUGUACGGGCACAUGGCGAAGUGCACCUUAUGAGAUGUACAAAUUCCUUCUGUAUACCGUUCCACUCCAAACCAGGUCGCAAAUCAUCAGGCGCAGCAUCAGCAGCGAAACAAAAGGCGCCAACGGAAAACGCAAACAAAAAACGGAGGAGAUGGAAGCGCGCUACGACUACAACAGGUGCUGGCAGCCAGUGAAGGACCAGUUUCCUGAGAAAAUCCCAAAGUUAUCCACCUUCAAGGUAGUAUCGUACAACAUCCUCGCCCAGGAUCUGUUGCUGGAGCAUCUCUGCCUGUACAUGGGAAUAAAGCAGGAGUUCCUCACAUGGCGUCGCCGACAGCAGAAUCUCCUCAGGGAGCUGAUCAGGCUGGAUCCUGACAUCCUGUGCUUGCAGGAGAUGCAGUUUGAUCAUCUUUCGCUGCUCGUUCAAGGACUGCGUAUGGGCAACGGCAAGAAAUUGGCGUAUGUGUAUAAAAAAAAGACGGGACAUCGCACGGAUGGAUGUGCAAUUAUCUACGACUCUUCUAAGUUCGAACUGCUGGACCAGCGAUCAGUGGAGCUGCAUGACCAGAAUAUAGCUCUACUCAAUCGCGAGAAUGUGGCUCUAUUCGCCAGAUUCAGAUUCAAAAAAGUGCAAGAACAGCAGAUGGACUUUAUAGUGGCCACCACUCACUUACUGUACAACCCAAAAAGGGGAGAUGUACGCUGUGCUCAGGUGGGCAGAAUACUGGAGGAGCUGAACACAUUCUCCACGGACACUCCUAUCAUCCUAACUGGAGACUUCAACAGUGAACCCGACUCAUCCCCUAUUGAACUACUAGUCGAAAAGAAAGUGGGCAUGGAAGCCGAAACUAACUCGUCGUCUUUGCGCUUCGAGAUCAUUAAUCCGGGAAAAAGUACAGCCUCUACAUACCAAGACGACUGGAUCACCGUGGACUACAUCCUGCGCUCGCUUGGAUCGCGGAGCAGACACGAGGUGUUGCCCAUCAGUGUCUAUUCACUGCCCUCGAUUAAAAGUUGCUACAAAGUGGGUAAGAUUCCUAAUCACUACCUGGGAUCAGAUCACUACGCCUUGGGCGCGAUAUUCACCGUUGUCUAGUUCUUAAGUUUGCCAAUUUAUCGAGACUCAUCAAUAUUGAUACGAAAGUUAGGUCAGUAGUUCGAAACUUAGUAUUUAAAAUAAAUAAAUCAAAUCAAGCUUCCCAUA